UUUUCAUGUUCGACUCGCGUGACUUCCGACGAAACGACUUCCGUCGGCCGAGGUUGACAAUUUGCACACCUGUGUGUGAUCGCGCUCGUACGAGGUGAGGAAAUUCGCGGAAACAUCGGAUCCGACGACACGACGCCUGAUCGUGUUUCGCUCUGGUUAUCGAGUAGUUUCGAGUCUCAUCGGCGGCGAAGUAAGGCGAGAAGUAUGUAACAGCGCAAAAGACACACGAGAGUCCUUGUGGACAGCAUAUUAAGUAACAUUGCGCAUGAUAUUAGCAGCUGGCUCAUUGUAGUUGCAGUAGAAUAGCGAUACAUACGUCAAUAGAUGAUGGUGCAUAAUGUUUACAAAUGACGGUCAAUUAUUGCCUGAGGAAGAUAGCGCAUAUACAAGGACUAAACUGUAUUGAUUAUUACAUGACGAUAUUUUUGUAACAUACAAGGGAGUAAUAUCACAGCUAAUCAGCCCGCUAGAUCAUCGAUAUGACUCCGCCGUUGGGUCGGAAACGCGGCUCGUCUGUCAGCUUUACAAGAACAAAGGACGAUGGCGACGACGCCGAAGACGAGAUUCACAUAUCCUUGGCACCGUAUAUACAGACGUACUUGGCACACAGUGGCCAAGGAUUGGGAUGCUGCGGUAUUAAUCUACCCGUGCCGUUCGAACGGGCAGCGCCACGGUCCUGGUGGAAUCCGAGAUUCGAUUCGGAGAUCCUCGAAGAGCAGUACAGAAGAAGUGCCUUUCCUCAAAUUAGAUUAAGAUUUCGGUACGCUCUCACAUACAUCUUGCUGGUGUCCCUAUCGUGGUUGGCGUAUUUUGUGAUAAUCGGAAUAGAGAACGAUACAUCGACCUGGCCUGCGAUAGCAGCCGUUCUCAGUGUCGUCGGCGCGAUGGUGGCGGCGGUGCUCUAUCUAACAUACACGGAUCACUACAAUUCCUACGUACUACCGACCUCUCUGGGAGUCGCGUCCACGCUCUGUUUCCUGUCCCUACUCUUCCUCGCCAUGGUGCCGCCUUACGUGGACGGAUUAACUCUGGUCGGACACUUCGCCCUGUGCUCUGAGAUCCUAUUAGUUAUUUACACGGUGCUGCCGAUGCCGCUCUAUGUAUGCGUGGCGAUAUCUACGGUUUACUCAUUCAUGUUCGAGUUACUGACUGCCUAUCUGUACGGCUCGAGGGGAAACGGCGGCGGGCGAAAUAAUUCCUUGGAGGGGGACAUGCGGUCGUCUGAAAAGGAUCCUCUAACUAUUGCUGGUCUACAGAAUGUGAUACGUAAUAUUAGUGAUUUUACUACAGUUAACACGGAGACAAUAUCGACGUUGCGCGAAGCGAGAAGCACGGGAGCGAGAUUCUUGGAACGAGAGCUGACACUGAUUCGACGGUUGUACGACUCCAGCGUACCGUCGACGAUCGUCAAUUCCACCGUGAACGUUAUUACCGUCGAUAACUUACUCUCCGAUGAUAUUGAUUUCUCGACGAAUCUCACGAUACGGAUUCUGAUGCAGAUCUGCAUUCACUUGAUAGGCGUGCACAUCUUGAUAAUGACCUUCGUGAGAAUGCGCGGCACCUUCAUGAAGGUCGGCCAGUCCUUGCUGGUCCGCCGGCAGCUGGAGAUGGAGAAGCAGCUGAAGGAGAAGAUGAUACACUCCGUGAUGCCGCCGAAAGUCGCGGACUGGCUGAUGGAGGAGAGCGAGCGCGAGAGGGAGCGGGAGGACUCGCUGAAGAAGGGCUCGAUACCGUCCAACAACACGGACAUCCGCUCGUUGUUUCGUCCGUUCAACAUGCACUCGAUGGAGGACGUCAGCAUCCUGUUCGCCGAUAUCGUCGGUUUCACCAGGAUGAGCUCGAACAAGACCGCGGAGGAAUUGGUGGGCAUCCUGAACGAUCUCUUCGAACGCUUCGACGAUCUCUGCGAGCACCACGGCUGCGAGAAGAUAUCCACGCUGGGCGAUUGUUACUACUGCGUGAGUGGGUGUCCCGAGCCUAGGUCCGAUCACGCCAAGUGCUGCGUAGAAAUGGGCUUAGCCAUGAUCGAGGCGAUCAAACAAUUCGACAUCGAGAGAAGGGAGGGCGUGAACAUGAGAGUGGGCGUGCACACGGGCACCGUGCUCUGCGGGAUCGUGGGUACGAAGAGAUUCAAAUUCGACGUAUGGUCGAACGACGUAACGUUGGCGAACAAGCUCGAGAGCACGGGGAAACCCGGCCGUGUGCAUCUGAGCGAAAAUACCCUGAGAUUCCUGGACGACCAGUAUAUCAUGGAGGAGGGCGAACUAGUCAAUGGCGUUAAAACUUACUUCAUCAGAGGCCGCAAGUCGGACUUCAUGAGUCAAUUUAUCACGAACGUUACGUCACCCAAGAGUAUCUCACCGUUGCUGCAGUCGCGCAGCCGUCUGGCGUCGUGCAAUACUCAAGUUAAGCCGCGCCAUCAUUACCUCCACAUGGUCACCAACGCGAGUAGCUACAGGAUGAAAGCGAAUUCCUUGCCGAGCAUCUUGGAUUCCGAAAACGACACCGUCGACGAGAAGGAGGACUCGAACAAGAGCCCGACAUCCACCGCCAGUUACGGCAAGAAGAAGGCGCGGAACAAACCGUGGAAGUAUCUGCAGAGGCAACGGACGACCGAGGAGAUGGCACCGCUGGAGAUCGAAGAGGGCAGGAACAUCGCGAUGGGACGAGCGAAGCCUGAUAUUCAGCCAGCGUACGAGGAGUGCAAUGGAUUCAGACGGAUCCCUCUCACCAACGGCGUCGAGAUGGAUCCGAAUCCUGUACCUUCUAGUCCUUUAUUGUCUGGUCAAGAGCCGAUUAGUCACGCUUCUUCCAUAUGCAGCAGGAAAGACUCCGGUAUCAAGAGCAACAGCAGGCGAAGUAGCAUACAACAGCAGUUGUUCCUAAUGAACGGCAUGGCCCAGGGCGAUCUGUUGGGGCACCGGGUCAGCGGCUAUUACACUUCCAGUUCGACGUUAAAUUCCACCCACGAGCCUUCGUCGUCGGUACCGCCGUAUCCGUUUCCACCGAUGGUAACGGACACGUUCGGCGCGUGCUUUCACAAACUGCGGAAGCAGUCCGACCUUCAAUUGAUCAGGUGCGUCCAAGACAACGUGAGCUCUCAACGUUCGUACUUCGUCAAGCCGCCGCUCUCCAGCGUCACUCUCUUCUUCAAGAAUAAGGAAAUGGAGAAGGAGUACCGGGAGAACGCGCACAAGGCUAGCGAAGGCAUCGGCGGUAAUCCGCCCACGCUGGCCACCUCGAGGUUUAACACGUACUUCGAUAUCCUGAUAUCCGCCCUGGUCUACACGGCCAUCACGAUCUCGCUUUUCCUGCUGUGCAAGCCAACGAUUCACUACACGGUGUUCUCGGCGGUCGCCACCGCCGUACAGAUAAUAGCGGUGUCGCUCUGCAUCAGGCAACUUCUCUAUCCGAACACCGCACACGCGACGUUCACGCAGAGGAUAUUCAAGCUCUUCUCCCGUUGGUACCCGUGGCACGUGUGCGGCGCUGUUCUCGUCGGUCUGCCGAUCAUCUCUAUCUUGCUCAACUUCACGUGCAACAGCUUUAAGAGUCUCAGCAACUUCGAGUACUACUACAGCUACCUCAUCUUCGUCGGUUUGGUGCACUUCUGCAACUUCACGCAGCUCAACUGCUGGAUGAAGAAUCUAUUGGUCACGCUCACCGGCGUCUUGUUCAUAUGUCUCGUGAUGAGCCACAUAUCUUACCACCGUGACUUCCUCGACGCGUCGGCGAAAACGCGUCGGACGUCCUCGGGUGAAGCUUACGCUAUCCGAUACAACGAGAGAUUGUACAACUCCGAGAUCUAUCUGGACAUGGUGUUGCUGCUGCUGCUGGUCUGGUUCCUGAAUCGCGAGUUCGAGAUCAGCUACCGGCUGUGCUUCCACGGCAAUGCGGUAGCGGCGCGCGACAAGACGCGCGUGCAGUCGAUGAAGAAUCAGGCGGACUGGCUGCUGCACAACAUCAUACCCAAGUACGUGGCCGACCAGCUUAAGACCACCGCCAAGUACUCGCAGAAUCACAAGUCCGUGGGCAUUAUCUUCGCCAGCAUCGUCAACUUCAACGAGCUCUACGACGAGUCGUAUCUCGGCGGCAAGGAGUACCUGCGCGUGCUCAACGAGCUGAUAGGCGACUUCGACGAGCUGCUGGAGAAGCCGGAGUUCGCGAACGUCGAGAAGAUCAAGACGAUCGGCAGCACCUUCAUGGCGGCCGGCGGCUUGAAUCCGCAGGUGAGGGAGCAGAGCGAGCACGAGUACACGCACCUGUUCCAGCUGCUCGAUUUCGCCGUGGCGAUGCACAAGGUGAUCUACGACUUCAAUCGAGACCUGCUGGGCUUCAAGCUGAUCCUACGAGUCGGCUACAACUACGGUGACGUCACUGCCGGCGUGAUCGGCGCCACCAAGCUCUACUACGAUAUCUGGGGCGACGCGGUCAACAUCGCGUCGCGAAUGGACUCCACCGGGGUCGCCGGUAGGAUACAGAUGGCCAGCGACUGCUUGGACGUGCUGUCGGAGCGCUACGAAUUCGAGCCGCGCGGACAGGUGUACGUUAAGGGCAAGGAUAACAUGGACGUUUUCCUCUUGAUAGGCAAGAAGGAGAACAGUACGAACGCCAGCGCUUGAGGAUAUUCAGUGUACCGCACGCAUAAUCCCGAAAAUUCAAGAGAUACAACUUUCCCGAUUAUGACUUGGUUUGCAUCGAUCGUUUCACACGUAUUGUAUUCGUACUAAAUUGCUUCUAAUGGUGUAAACGAUGGCGUAUUAAGCUGAUCAGCUUGGGAACUUUUAAGGACCUUUUUUCGCUCGCUUGCACGUAGCUAUUUUCUGGCUUAUUUUACACAAGCAUAUGGCUGAUUAACAAAUUUUCAGUUGAUAACACUAUAAGAACCGAGUUUCUUAAUAGUUUUUUUUUCCCCCCAAAAAAAUCUUGCUGAAUUUUUAAAAGUCCGACUAACAAACUUGCAAAGAGAAAACCAAUAAUACUCUCCGUAUCUAUUUUUUUUAUAAUCAUUAAUUAGGACCGUAUCCUUAUUUACCACUAUGUAAAAUGUAAUACAUGUUUCAUUCGAAUUUAAUCUUACGCGGUAUUUUUGACAAAUUUGAUACAUAUGUUGCAAACAUUGCAGCCGUUCAGUGUAAAUGUAGUCGAACUAAACAUAUGGUGCGCAUCACUUUGGUUCGCGUUAAAUAAAAAAACGGUAAAUUAGCAGCACUAUCCGGAAAACUGAGUACCAGAACAAUCUCCCGAAAUAUUGACAGAGAAUAAAGUUAUAAUUUUGCGAAAUGACUUCAGUGUUUCGGAAGACUGUCGAGGUAUUCAAUUUUCGGAAUAAUUUUAUGCUCUCAAUAUUUCAGGAAAGUUGUAUCUCGGGAGAUUGUUCCGAUAUUCGUUUUUCGGAAUUGUGACUUUUCGGGGUCCUAUUUUCUAUAUUUCGGUGCUUUUUUGGGAGGGAAUACGCAUGUCCACCCACUUGUCGAAGAUCUAGGUAUCUAAAAUACGAUCAUAAGGUCGUGUAAUCGCAGUCGUUCGAGUCGGUCCACUUUUAAUUCCAGCGAAUGUACGGCCUUGCGACCGCAUUGUAGACCCACUAUUGCGCAGCAAUCGUAGCAUUUAGAUUAUUAUCAGUCGACCCAUGCCGAAAUAAUGAUGAUAGAGAGAGAGAGAGAGAGAGAGAGAGAGAGAGAGAGAGAGAGAGAGAGAGAUAUGUUACUCGCAUAUCGGUAGUCGUCGGUAGUUGACGCUACUGGCAGCAUACUCGCCUUAUUCGUUGACUGCUCAAAUUCUGCUAAAACGAGAGAUAUUUAUUGUAACCAGAGAUGUUUAUUGUAUUUUUGUAAAUAUGUCGCCGAAUUACGUGACGACGAGAGGGGAAUGUACCACCAUCGUGGGAGAUUACUCUUCUCGGUGUACGAAUGAUCGCCGUUUUUUAGAGAGACGAGAAUAGUUCACAUGAUAACUUGGCGAGGCGAGUUAUCGCGUGGUUCUCUCUGUAUUUGAUAUUCUAAGGGCAGCGAGGUGCAUAUCGCGCGUGAUAAAAGUCAACGAAACUCGAAUACCCCGCGUUUACGUGUUAGAUAAAUUUUAGGGAGUAGAAAACAAAGUGAAAGAUUUCACACGGUCUCGUCUUCCUGUAUCUAUAUUGAUAUUGGCGACACGUCGUCGUUGUGAUACGUAAUCGAUCUCCGGGGAAAAAUGAUUAUACAUGAUUAUACAUAAUUAUAUCAAAUCAUGUGAGAAUUUUGCCCAUAUGUGUGGUUACACAUAUGUCCAUACGAGAAAAAAUGAUGUUAUGUCAUUUAAUUAAGUGUCGAUAUCAUGUGCUGUAGGACACAAGUAGC